AUGAUGUCGACCCCCGAUGAGCGCGCGUUGAUUGGCAUGCUCCCGUACACCGCCCUCACCGUGGUCGUCACCCUCAUCGCGGUGGGCAAGAACGUCACCCUGCGCCUGUUGGGCAGCCUGACCUAUUAUCUGAUCCCCGAGACCCCCCAGGAGCAGGCCAAGGCCCGGCUCGCUAGGGUCACCGCGGGGAAAUCCCCGUCCGAGGUCCGUCGCAGGGCCGCUCGCAUCAAGGCCAACAUCUCCGAGGAUGCGGAGGGUACCGAGUCCAUCGCCGCUGUCAAGUUCGGCAAAGCCCUCGUCCUGGCGCCCUACUUUCGCGAGUUUGAUUACGCGCUCCUCUUCGCCAUCCUGGUCGUCGCCAACUUCGCGGCGGCGGAGCUCGCCCCGUUUGCGCUCAAUCUGCCCGAGCACGAAAAUAUUCUGGUGCCGAUGCUCGCGCUCGUGGCUGUGUUCUCGUCCACGAGGUCCCUGGUCAAGCUCCUGUUCGACAGGCUCACGCCGAAGAUCGAGCGGCAGGCGGCUGUGGCGGUGGGCGUCGUUGGAUUCGUCCUCGCCCUCUUCUUCCUUCUACUGGUGCCAACCUCCGCGCUGGACUUCGAGGUGGCCGGUACGUCGAAGGAGCUCGCCCCCGCGAUGGCCAAGAAAAUCCGAAGCAGGGUGGUCGGCCGUAAGGCGGCGGAGCGCGUCGCAGACGUCGCCGGGGGGAUGGUCGUGCCCGAGCUUCAGAUUUUCAUCGGGCUCGCGCUGUUCGCCGGCAUCAUCACCGGCGCCCUCUUAGGCCCGGCGGUGCGCAUCGUACGGAGCUAUAACAUGUGCGUCAGACCUCCAAGCUGGGGAGGUGACUUCGUCGGUGUGUCCAAGGCGAUGGUUCCCCUCCUUCACGCCUCGUUCGCCCUCCCCGUGGUCACGGUGUUUGCGUGGCUCGCGCCGCUCUCUCGAGCUCCCUUCGGACUCACCGACGAGCAAUACGACUUGGUCAGGGUUUGUUCCCUGAUGGUGACGGGCGUCGCGCAGGUGGUCGUCGUCCCUGCCCUGGUCCAGGCGUAUCUCGACGGCGGCCUGGUCGCCUGGUACGAGGUAAAGCACGGCGAACGGGGCGUCCAAGCGAUGGCGGCGCUGAGGGGGGUGGUGCGGCAGAAGCUGGAGGUGACCAAGCACCUCGCGUGCAAGGUUGCGGUGCAGGCGGUGGGUCCCGCGACGCUGAUGAUCGCGUGCGCGUGCCUGCUCGGGUCCAAGCGAAGGGACGAUUCGGAGGGGGCGACGGAGAACAUAACCUCCCUCGUGCCGGCUGUGUGCUGGAGGACAGUCGCUUCGUUCCUCGGUUGGUGGACGUGCGCCGCGUGGGCGACGCUCAUCUCCGCGGGCGUCGCGGCGGCCAAGGCGGGUGUGGAGACAUUCACCAGGUGA